AGUCUCUCUUCUUUUAGAGAAAAUGCUCUAGAAGAUAAAGUAUCACUCCACUGGAAAAGUGAAAAUAAUACUAUUUCUGAAGUGAAUGGUGCAAAAGUAUUCAGUUAUGAUCGUGUCUUUCAUUCAAGUGACAACACUCAGCAGUUAUAUGAAGGUGUAGCUGUUCCAAUUAUACAGUCAGCUGUGCAAGGUUAUAAUGGCACAAUUUUUGCUUAUGGACAGACUGCUUCAGGGAAGACAUACACAAUGAUGGGAAAUGAAGAUUCUGUGGGCAUUAUCCCUAAGGCAAUUCAACAUGUUUUCAAAAUUAUUUGUGAGAUUCCAGAUAGAGAAUUCUUGCUAAGGGUUUCUUACAUGGAAAUCUACAAUGAAACCAUUACAGAUUUGCUUUGUGAUAUCAGGAAAAAGAAGCCUCUGGGAAUUCGUGAGGAUGUUAAUAGGAAUACGUAUGUAGAAGAUCUGAUUGAAGAGGUGGUGGUUGCUCCAGAACAAGUUAUGGAAUGGAUCAGAAAAGGAGAAAAAAAUCGCCAUUAUGGAGAAACAAAAAUGAAUGAACACAGCAGCCGUUCUCACACUAUCUUCAGAAUGAUCAUUGAAAGCAGAGAACGAAGUGACCCUGCAAAUGCAAACUGUGAUGGAGCAGUGAUGGUAUCCCACUUGAACUUGGUAGAUCUGGCAGGCAGUGAAAGAGCUAGUCAAACAGGAUCUGAAGGUGUCCGACUGAAAGAAGGCUGCAAUAUAAACCGGAGCUUGUUCAUUCUGGGUCAAGUUAUCAAAAAACUUUGUGAUGACCCCUCUGGCUUCAUAAAUUACAGAGACAGCAAGCUGACUCGAAUUCUGCAGAACUCCCUUGGAGGAAAUGCUAAGACGGUUAUUAUUUGUACAAUUACUCCUGUUUCUUUUGAUGAAACACUCAGUACUCUUCAGUUUGCCAAUACAGCCAAAAGAAUGAAGAAUACUCCAAAAGUCAAUGAGGUACUUGAUGAUGAUGCCCUCCUGAAGAGGUAUCGCAAAGAAAUUCUGGAUUUGAAAAAGCAGCUGGAGGAAGUGUCUUCGAAGACUCAAAUUCAUGCAAUGGAAAAAGACCAGUUGGCCCAGCUGUUGGAAGAGAAAAAUUCUCUUCAAAAAGUACAGGAAGAUAGGAUACGAAACCUAACUGAGAUGCUGGUGACUUCUGCCUCCUUUUCCUCAAAACAGAAUCCUAAAGCCAAAAGAAGAAGAAGAGUUACUUGGGCUCCUGGUAAAAUAAACCAGGCGAAUGUGAGCUAUUUUGAAGACUUUGAAAAACCAAGGCUGAGUGAAACAAAAAAAAUGAAAAUGUCUCUGUCGGCGCUACCAGAUGUGGAGGAUUCUAUGUUAGAGAAUUCUGAACAUGACAACCAAUAUCUGAUGGCUCCUGAUCAAAUUUCAGAUGUAGAAUGGACUGCUGGACCUAACAUGAAUUGGACUCAGAGAGACUUUGAAGAAUCUGUGCAACUCUGUGAAGCAUUAGCACUAGAAAAGGAUAUUGCUGUAAAUGAGGUAAACGUCCUGCAAGCUAACUUUAAUAACCUAGUGUUGGAAAAUGAGCAGUUGAAAUUAGAAAUAAAUGAAAUGAAGGAGAAACUGAAGGAAAAAAUAGAAAUGGAUGAAUUUGAAGCACUGGAAAAACAAACACAAAAAGAUCAUGAGGCAGAAAUAAACUCCAAAUUGGAACAGCUGAAAGAGAAAGAGAACAAAAUAAAGAUAUUACAGAAUCGUGUGGAAGAAUUACAGAAAGCAGGAGCAGAAAAAAAGGACACAUCUUUUUCAGUGGGAGAUUCUGAUAAGCUAAUUGAGGAAAUUCAGCAGCUGAAUAAAUCCCUCUUAGAUAGUGAAACCAUAGCCUUGGAUGCCAAAAAAGAAUCCGCUUUUCUCAGAACUGAAAAUUUGGAGCUGAAGGACAAGAUGAAUGAACUCUUAAAUAAUUACAAGCAAAUGCAAAAGGAUAUUCAAUUCUAUCAAAGCCAAAUAGAAGCUGGAAAAGCCAGUUACAAAAAAAUGCAAGCUGACUUGCAGAAGGAGUUGCAGUCUGCAUUUCAAGAAAACACAAGGCUAACUUCACUGAUGGAGGGUAAAGUUCCAAAAGAUCUGCUGUCUCUUGUGGAGCUGGAAAAAAAGGCAGCUGACUUAAAAGGAGAACUAGAAAAAGCAUUGAAAGAGAAUGCACUUCUACAAAAACAAAUAAACGAGCUAUCAGAAUUUCAGUCUCUACCGAACACUGUUGAGAUACAGCAGAAAGAGAUUCUUGAAAAGUGUGAGGAGCUACGCUUAUUAAAAUUGGAAAGAGAAAAGCUGCUUUCUGAAGUAGCUGAUAGUGAAAUUAGACUUAAACAUAUGACUGAAGAAAUUGGAAAAUCAAAAGACAAUCUAGCAGAUGCACAACUUAAAUAUUUAAAGUCUGAUCAGGAAUAUGUAGCACUUAAACAGCUCCAUGAAGAACUAGAGCAAAAAUAUCUGGCUGCAUCAGAAAACAAUGAACAAAUGAAGCUCCAACUAGAUAUUCUAUCUAAAGAAGCACGAGAGUCUAAAACAACUUUGGAUGAAGUGAAAUUAGAGCUCUCUAGCAAAAUGAAAGAACUGGAAGAAAAGACAGUAGAGCACAAACAACUUCUUGAGGUAAGAGAAGACUUUAUUCGGACUCAGCAGAAGUUAAAUGAAAUGGAGCAAUUAAAAGAGCAAGAAAAGAUUACAGAGUUAAGACUGGAGGCCAAGAAUUUGGAGAUCCAGGCAGUUCUUCAGCAGCUUACUGAAUGUCAGGAAGAAAUAAAAACUUUAACUCAGGAAAGAGAUUACCUGAAGCAAAAAGAGGAGUCUCUCCAAGCUGAGACAGACCAACUCAAAGAGGAUAUAAAGGACACUGUUUCAAUGAACAUUUUGGCACAUGAAGAAUUGAGAAAUACGCAGAGUUCUCUCAAGCAAUCCCAGGACACUGUCAAGAAGUUGGAAAAAAAUAUUUCUGAAAAAGAAUCUCAGAUCCUGAGUGUUGAAGAAGCACUAGGGAAAACCAUUAAAGAACUUGAAAUACGGAUAUCACAAAUGACGGAAGAAAUAAAAAUCAUCACAUCAGAGAGAGACAAGCUUGCUGAGGAAAAAUCAGAAAAUAAUAACUGUAGAGAAAGUGAUCAGCUUCAGAUGCUAAAGGAACAAAUCCUUUUCCUUACACAAGAGAACAAUUCAUUGCAGGAUAAGCUGGACAGUUUACCCUUGAAAAAAGAAGAGUAUGGGGAAGGAACUUUGACACCACAGAUUCAAGAAAAAUCUAUUGAGCAAGAAUUAUUUCUUCUGAGAGAAGAGCUGAGCCAGGCACAAAGAAAAUUGCAUGAAAUGGAGGAAGUGAAGGCCAAUGAAUGUCAAAGAGAAUCUGAAAAAAUGGGGACAACAGAUUUUAUUCCAAAACUGCAUGACUGUCAGGAAGUGGGCACUCUGACAGAAAGAGGAGAUGAUAAUCUUAAAAUGCAACUGGAGAACCUCCAAAAUGAGAGAGACCAGCUAAGAGAAACUAUACAGGAGACAAUUAGCAUGAAUUCAGAGAUGCAGGAAGAGUUGAGAUGUGCUCAUGACUCUCUCGGACAACAUCAGGAGACUAUUAUGGAGCUGAAAGGAAGUAUUUCAGAGAAAGAAAAUCAGCUCUUGGAAGCGCAAGAGGCAUUGAAGAAAACAACUGAUGAACUGCAGGAGAAGCUCACUGAAGUAACUGAAAACCUGACCCAUGUCUCUUCUGAAUAUGGCAAGCUACUGGCAGAAAAAGAACAAAUGGAAAGAAAAAUGAAUGAGCAUAUCUGUCAGCAGCUUGAGAAAAUCACUUUACUUAAUCAGGAGAAAGAUGAGCUACAGCAAAUGGUAGAGACUUGUAAAGCAGAAAGAGAUCGGUUAGAGGCUGACUAUCAGGAAAGCAAGGAGAGAUCCUUAAAAGUUCUGACAGAAAUGGAAAAUCUACAGGAAGAGCUAAGGCAUCAGAAAGAGCAAGCUGAUAUCCAGAAGAACAUGCUAGCAAAUGGAGAAGAGAAAUUGCAAAACACUGAAGAGAAACUAAAUGAAGAAAUAAACAAACUGAAAGAAAAGGCAAGUACAUUGAACGAGGACUUAAAUUUGGUAACAAAGGAAAGGCACCAGCUGCUGGGAGAACUGAAAGAAAAGACUGAGAGUGAAAGUGAUAAACUUCAACAGCUGGGGAAACAGUGUGAUCUGUUAGCACAGGAGAGAGAUCAGCUCCAGGAAAUGCUGGAAGGUGUUAGAGCAGAGAAGAACAAACUGGAGAUUAACCUGCAGGAGAGUGUUGAUAAGAUUCUUGAAACCGAAAAGGAAUUGAAGUGGCAACAAGAACUCCUCACCAAUGAGAAGACCAAAGCUGAAGAAAGGGAAGAACAUUUGUUAAAGGUUCAGAGGCGGUCAGAGAUUUUGGAGGACAGCCUAACAAACAAGAUACAACAGUUAACUGAGACACUAAAUAGCGUGUCAUGUGAAAAAGACCAGUUACUGGCUGAAAGAACUAGUCACUCCUUCCAACUUAAAGAACAAAUCUCAUCAAUUAAUCGAGAAAAAGAUGAGCUACAAAGACUUCUCCAGGAUGUCAGGUCUGAGCGGGACCAGCUCAAGACAGAAUUGCAAAAAAAUUCUGAGAUGUGUGUUGAAACAAAUGCAAAACUGGAAUGUGCUCUAGAUCAACUGAAGCAGAGAAGCCUGAAUGAUGUGUCCAUUCAGGUGAACCCACUGGAUAAUGCAGAGCAGGUGGCUGAUGACAGCCUGAAGGAAAAAUCCUUGAAAAUUAAGGAGCUUCUUGAGAAAUUCCCAAAUAUGGGGAAGAGGUAUGAAUGUCUUUCUACAGUGUCUCUUAAUCUAAAGAAUGAACUGAAUAGUCAGAAAGCACUGAUGACUGUGAUACUGACUCAGCUUUCAUCGGAACAGAGUAAACAAGUCAAAAGACUUCAAACUGAAAAUGAGAAAAUAAACAGUCAUCUCCAGAGUUUAUUGAACAAACUGAAG